AUGGUCGAGAAAUUCUACGUUACCUACAACCAGGUCCACAAAUUGUGCCAGGAAGCAGCACCGAGGAUACUCAGCGAUUUCAAGCCAAACCUCAUGAUUGCGAUCGGCGGUGGUGGCUAUGUUCCUGCUCGCAUCUUGAGAUCGUUCCUCAAGCAGCCAGGCGCUCCAAACAUCCCCAUCCAAGCUAUUGGUCUCUCCCUCUACGAGACGCUCUCCGGCUCGGACCCUGUAGAGGCACCAGGCACAAAAGUCACGCGAACACAAUGGCUCGAUCUGUCGUCACUUGAGAUGGGCAACCUGAUCGGAAAGAAUGUUCUUAUCGUCGACGAGGUUGACGACACCAGGACCACGCUCGAAUACGCUGUGAAAGAGCUGGAGAAAGAUGUCGAAACUGCCAGGAAGCAGCAAGGAAGAACAGAGACAACCAAGUUCUCGAUAUUCGUGCUGCACAACAAGGACAAGCAGAAGAAAGGUCAUCUGCCAACGGACAUGGUCGAAGAGCAGAGGUAUAUCGCUGCGAGGACCGUAACAGACGUUUGGAUCUGCUAUCCUUGGGAGGCUACCGACAUUGACGAGCAUGAUCGACUUGCGCAGGAAAAGGGAAUCUGA